AUGUCUGUAUUCAUGGCCACAGCAAAACGGGCUGGAGCUAGGACUCUCAAUGCCACACAGAACACACGGAUCGCCAUUUCAUCACUUUCGUCCACGGCAACGAACUUGCCUUGUACGGAGGCAGGUGCAAAACUAACUACCGUACCUAUCCUUAGCCGUAACCUCUCUAACAGCACCCAACUAAACACAUACGUUGAUGAGCACGAUCCCGAGAGCCGGUUUGCGAUAAAUACUGAGCGUAACGAAUACUCGAAAUCAGGUACAGAUAACGCUGUCGCCGCACAAGAUUCUGCAUGGGAUCUGAAGAAUCACACGCCAGAACAGGCAAAAGAGAAGUCCGAAGUGGAGUCAGCACAGAAUGGAAGAAAUAAGGCAAGCCCAUUGGAGGUCAGUCCCGCCAACCAAGAAGUAUCGAAAUUUACAGAUGAAACUGGGCGUGGCGCUUUUAUUAUGCAUGGCCCAAGUAAAAGAAUAUCGCCGAAGAAGGGUAAGAGGGUGGACUAUGGAGGCGGGGAAAUUAUUGAGGAAGACAACAACCACGAGGCUACGAAGAUGUAA